AUGUUGUCACCCACAGAAUAUCUCGGUUCAAUUGAAGUACCUUCUUCUUCUUCUGUUGUCCUUCCAACUACAUCGCCUUCAUCUAUGAACUCACACACUCAUCCAAUCCAAAUGAAGGUGCAACAUGACACUAUAUCCAAUGGUUUUCCAAAGAACAAUGGUCAUGCCUGUCAGAAACGCAGCUUCACAUUUUCUUUGCCUUCAGAUGAGCACUCUCACCCAUCUAAGAAGGCAAGGAAAAUCUUGACCUCUAUAUCAGCCAAGAGAGAUGAAGAGGUUGAAGAUCUUCACACCCUUCAUAUGUUACAGCUUGCCCAUGCAAGUCACAAGGCCUUUGCUGCACAAGUCAAAUUAUGCCUGAUGUGGAUUCAUGAACUUGACAUUAUGUGCACAAUUGCCUAUGAUGAGUAUGAAGAAGCCCUUAAGCUGCUUGGGACUGUAGAUCACCAAGUUGGUGAAGUGCAACAAACCAUUAGCAGCAGCAGGACAACCAUCACUACUCUUUCAUCUCUCAGGCUGUCCCCUGUCCCUACUACAUUAUCUGAGUCAUCUUUGGAUGGCAUCUCUGUUGAGCACAGCACCUUGGCCUCUCCUGGUCCACCAGAUGUGUAG